UUAAAUAUUUGUCUCCGACUAUGGCUUUAGCCCUUAAAUAGUGUGUGAAUGGACACACACACACACAUUAACACUGUGUAUUUGUCCUGUCAAACUCAAACUCCAUAAAUCUUGUGCUGAUCCUAUCCUCAAUAGUGGGAUUAUCCCAAAACCUCCAAUAACGUUUGAAUUCUUGAGGCAGAUGUAGUAGUACUAAGUAUUUAUACAGAUAUUGCUUUCUUGUUCAUAGACCCACUUCACCAACUGGCUUGUCUGGUUCAAGCCAUGGAAGUUCUGAGUGUAAAAUCCCCAGUUCAAGAAUCCCAAAACUCUCCCCUUCUUCUAUGUUUUCUCUCUGGGUAUCCCCUCCAACAAGCCGCCCUCCGGGUUUCUGAAGAAAAGAGUACGAGGAAAAAAAGUUGCAGUCUUUAGAGUGUUUGGGAGAUCAUUUCAAUAGUUUCUGGUUUGUAAGAAAAAAAAAAGAUGGAAUUUUUCAAUAGUUUUGCAGGGUUUUCUACUGAGAACUAUGGGAUUCAGAGGAUGAUAAGAAAUGGGUCAUCUUCAUCUUCUUCAUUGGUUUUGGAUACUGAGAAGGGAGAGCUUGUGAGAGCGCUGGUGAGGCCUGGGCAAAAAGGGGUUAACCCGGAGAAGGCAUUGAUUGCUCUGAGGAAUCAUAGUGAAGCAGAGAGGCGGCGCAGAGAGAGAAUCAAUGGCCAUUUGAGCACCCUUAGGAGCCUCAUCCCUGGCACAAACAAGAUGGACAAAGCAGCAUUGCUUGGCAAAGUUAUAAGUGAGAUAAAAGAGCUGAGGAGCAGUGCAUCAGAGGCUACAAAAGGGAUUCUUGUGCCAACAGACACAGAUGAAGUUCGAGUCGAGCAGCAGGCUGAAGGAUGCGAUGGAGCUUCAUAUUCCAUCAAGGCAUCUCUGUGCUGUGACUAUAAACACGAGCUUCUUUCGGAGCUAAGGCAAGCUCUUGAUGCUCUCCCUCUCAAGACACUGAGGGCAGAGAUGGCAACUCUGGGGAGCAGGAUGGUUAGCCUCUUCGUGGUGACUGAGAACGAAGAGGGGAACGAUAGUGAUGAGAGGCGCGAGUUCCUGGCUAGCUCGGUUCACCAGGCUUUGCGGUCUGUGCUUGAUAAGUUUUAUGCAUCAGAAGAGUUUUCUUCGAGGACUAGUCUCUCGAGCAAGAGGCGACGAGUCUCGUUCCUCAACUCUUCAGCCUCAUCUUCCCUGGGAGAUUUCUGGUGAUCACUGAUCAUAGCUUCAGUAUAGUUCCUUUCAGUGCUCUAAUUUUCUGUGUCUAAAUAGCUUCAGUGGGUUAAUAGGCAUAUGUACUAGCAUACAUGUCUUAUGACACAAAAGGAUUUGUAUGCUACUACAUAUGCUUGCUUUUCUGUAUAUGGAAAACUUCCCCUCCUUGUUGCAAUAUCAAUCAUCAAAAUAACAUAAAAUUCUAUUCCUCAA